GCUGUUAUCAGUGAGACGCGCAGGACCCGCCCCGCAGUAAAACUUCCCCCUGCGCUCCUGCAGGGUCGAAGUCUGCGUAAAACCCAGCAACAGGCCGCCGAGGAGCUCAAACAGACCACCUUUCCACGUCAACGCAAGGAUUAUAGCACGUCUUCUCUCUCCGUGCCAUGUCUCCUCUGCUGAAGUGGAGCGUUUUUGUCGGACUGGGGUUCCCCCUCAUCUAUUCUCCGGUGGAGGGAGAAGGAAAUGGCCAACACCUCCAGAGAAAGAGAAGAGAGUGGAUCCUGGCUCCCCGACCUCUCUACGAGAACCAGGAUUACACCACCUAUGACUUUAUAGCCAAAAUUCGCUCAGAUAAGGAAAACAACAGAACGAUUCAUUAUUAUCUGACUGGGCCCGGUGCUGACCAGCACCCUGUAGGUAGAUUUACUGUUGACCGUGUAACAGGCUUUGUGAGAGUCCAUGCCAUACUGGACCGAGAGGAAAUCGCCCUGUAUGAGUUAAAAGGUGUGGCUAAAUUUGCCAAUAGUAAUACCAAUGCUGAAAAUGAUGUUGACGUUAGAAUCAAAGUUUUGGAUGUGAAUGACUGCGCACCGGUCAUUAUAUCAAAACAAGUCGGAUAUGUCAACGAAUCUAGUGCAGCAGGUACUUAUGUCAUGAGGGUGAUCGCCACUGAUGCAGAUGAAGAGAACACCGCCCACUCCAAGAUCACCUACAAAAUUGAUAGCCAGAGUGACCCAGCUCGCAUGUUUUCUAUCAACUCUAAGACUGGAGAGGUGAAGGUUACGCGCAACACUCUCGACAGGGAGACAAAAGACACAUACAGGCUGAAAAUUAUUGUGACUGACAUGGAUGGAUCUUCAAUUGGAAAUUCAGGAACUGGAGAAAUUGAGAUCAAACUUCUGGAUAUAAAUGACAACAUUCCAUACCUGGAGCAGCAAAGGUAUGAGGUGAGUGUGAAGGAGAACACGCUCGGUUUGGUGGAGUCGAAGAUAAGGGCUGUUGACAUGGAUAUAAUUCACACCGACAACUGGUUGGCUGUCUACGAAAUCGUUUCAGGAAAUGAGGCAGGUUAUUUCAGUAUCACAACUAAUAAGGAGACAAAUGAGGCCAUCAUCAUGGUACAAAAGGAGCUGGACUACGAGGAAUUAAAAACAGUAAAUUUGGGCGUUAGGGUUUCCAACAAAGCAAAGUACAACUUUGGCAGUGCUAUGACAGGGGCCGCAUCGUCAAAAACAUACCAAAUCAAAGUGAAUGUUGAAAAUGAGAAGGAGGGGCCCCGCUUCCAGCCAAGCACCAAAGUGGUGGUCCUCUCUGAGGACAAGUCCACCGUCUCCAUCAACAAAGUCAUCACUACAUAUGCAGCUAUUGACAGUGACACACUGCAGACGGCCACCAAUGUCAGGUACGUAAAGCUCUAUGAUGCAGACAACUGGUUGAUUAUUGAUGAAAAGACAGCAGAAAUCAAGUUGAAUAAAUUGCCUGAUCGAGAGUCAAAGUAUUUGAUCAAUGGAACGUAUUACGCCAAAAUUAUAUGCGUCACCAACGAAAGUCCCUCUCAAAGUGCUACCGGGACAAUAGCCAUCCAGGUGGAGGACUUCAACGAUCACUGUCCAGAACUCACCAUUAAAAAUCAUACCAUGUGUUUUGAGAGCAAUGCGAUUUUCGUCACGGCUUCAGAUAAAGAUGAAUUCCCCAAUUCAGCCCCGUUUGACUUCACUGUGAUUGAAGAGAGCGAAAAACAGAAGUGGAUUGUGGAGCCUGUUAACGGAACAACCGUCAUCCUGAGACACCAAGAGGGCUUGUGGCCAGGUAUAUACAAAGUGGCAGUGAACAUCAAGGACCAGCAAGGGAAGUCAUGUGACCGUGCCCAGGUGAUAGAUUUGACGGUGUGCACGUGCAAUGACGGGACUAAAACAUGUUUGCUGCGGCGUGGAAGUGGUGCAUCUUUCGGAGCUCCAGGUGUCCUGCUGCUGCUGCUGGGACUGCUACUGUUGCUGCUGGUUCCCCUUCUGCUGAUGUUCUGUCUUUGUGGAGCUGCAGCAAGGGAUUUCAAGCCUAUUCCAUUUGAGACAAAGCAACACCUGAUUGCGUAUCACACAGAGGGACAGGGAGAGGACAAGGAUGUCCCUCUUGUACAAGUCCCAUUGGAAGUUGAUUCUGGCGCAAUACAUUUCCAAAACACCAACACCUUUGAUUGCCUUGGAGGUUUGAUUGAAUCAGACGGAGCUGGAGGUGGAGGAGCGAUGUUUGGCAAUGGAAUGAAUACAUCCACUUUGACAACCAAGAACAUGUACCAAUACAACCAGUACGGCCAAUACGGACAAAACGACAUGGACUAUGUGGGUUCAGGGAUGGCGGGAGGACAAGACAUGAGCUUCACCAUUAACAGAAGGGAAGUCUUUGAUGGGAUGGCUCUGUCUAGUCAUUUCCUGGAGGAUUACUAUUCAAAUAAAUCCCAGGCUGCUUCACAGCAGGUUCAGGAGAUGGACCGCCACCAGAUCUACAACUAUGAGGGUGACGAGUCACUGGCAGGCUCCGUAGGUUGCUGCAGCCUCCUUGAAAAUGACGACGAUCUUACGUUUCUCAAUGACCUGGGACCAAAGUUCAAAACUCUUGCUGAGAUUUGUAAGGGAUCCACCCUGGUGAGUGAGUCGGCGGGGGCUGGAGUCUCUGUCGCUCCGGUCAGACCAGUGUCGCCAGUUAGGCCGUCCACCUCGACCCACACGCACGUCCACACACACACAGAAACGGUGAGGGACAGGGACCGGGUAAACCUCACCAACCUCAGCGCCUCCAACGUGGCCACUGGAUCCUCAACUGUCUUCAAGGGGGAGAAAUUCAUGGAGAGUGCCCAGAGUUCAGCCACUGUCCCCAGAGUGCAUAUUCAGGACAACGUGGCCGUUCCCAACCAGACGCUGCUCAUUCAGCAGCCCGCUGUGUACUACACCGCUACCCCCAUGUAUGUGGUCGAGUCCAAGCCCCAGAUGGUGUACGUGUCAGGGGGAUCCCAACAAGCUGUAGGCCAGAUGGGCCAAGUUGGCCUGAGUCAGGGGAUGCUGCAAGUUGGGGGUCUCCAAACCUCUCAGGGCAUGGUGCUUGUUGAUGGGCAGGUAGGAAUGGGCGGGGCGACGGGUCAGGUAGUACACGGCCUUUCACAGGGAACACUCUCCAGGUCUACACAAGUAGUGAUGGUUGAGGAAGGGUCUUCAGGAGCAGAGCAAGGUACACAUUUAGCACAGCACUUUGUUCAGGCCGGACAGGGAUCCACAGAGGGGAGCUUGGAGCUGGGAGGUGCAGGCGCGCAGGUGAAAACAUUUUCACUGGGUACACUCGGUGCUGUGGGGUCAAAUGAAGACGCUGAAACAGCCACAGCCAAACUGCAAGGCAGCCAGAGAGUGAUUAUGCAGCACAAAAAAGUCACAGUGACUGAGAGAAAGAUUUGAGUGUAACUCAAAAGCCUUAAUGAAUCUCUUUGUUUAGCCUGUCCAAGUGCCAAACCAGUAAUGAUAUAUAUUUUUGUAGAGAGAAAUGCACUGCAGCACAUGUAUUGUUUCAAAGACAUUUAUGGUUUUUGGUAAAAUGGGUAGAGUUAAAAUUGUUUGAACUGAGGCUUUAGUGUGGGCCAAAACACUAACACAAGAGAGUGUUAUCACUAAAGCGCACAAGACAAAACAAGAUUUUAAGAGGCAUGACAUCAGUCUAGCCAUUACACCUCAGUGGAAGAAUGCCUUGUCAAGACAAGCAGGUUCCCUAAUUGUCUGUGCCUAGGGUUAGAUCUAUCAGCUCGAAAAGUAAAAACUAGUCAAACUAGUCACAUUAAAAAAAUUAAAAAAUGUAUUUACCUAUUACAUUUAAAAAUAUGCAAAUCUCAGAGAACAUUUUGACCAAAGAGAAACUUACAAAAAAGCAAUAAGAAAGUGAAAAUGUUUCAGAGUGGGGACUUUCCUGUUCAUUACAGCGCCAAAGGUUUUAAAGAAUUAGCCUCCUCCAUUUCUAUCUGUAAGUUGCUCAUUCAUUUUUCACCUGAGCAGUAAAAUUUACAGCAGGAACAGAUAACGCUAAACAUGACUAAAACAAACAAGACAAGGCCACACCCUGUUAGCAAUGUUUUUAUAUCCAUUCUACAGAGUCUGUCUAUUUCUGACGGGUUAAUCAUAGAUCACAGGACCAAAUAGGUAUGAUGUGGAAGACAGUAUAAUAAUAAUUAUUAUUUUGAAGUCUUUUUUGUGCCAUGAUUACUAUUUGUCCUUCCAUAGGUAUGUGUGUGAGUGAUGCCUUUCUGUAUUUGUUCAUUUGUAAAAGUAACAUGAGUUGAGUGUGUAGAUUUACAGAAUAAUUAGAACUUGCUAAUUGUUUUUUUUUGCACUGGUUCAUAAAUGUAUAUUGUUUUGACUUGCUUCUUAUUCGCUGUAGGGAGGCAUCACUGCAAUGCUAAUGCAGCUUGUUUGUACUUUCUGUUUUUACAUUUUUCUUCUGUCAUAACAUGUCAUGUAAUAGAUAAGCGAUAAAGAAAUCACUUUAAAUGACAAGCUUUUAACACUUUCAUGAACUAACCUGGGCAUUUCACAACACUGAGGGUAAUUUGAUAACAGUCUUCUGUAUCGGUUUUAAAGAUGUAGGUUUUUUUUAAUAAAGUGUUUAAGUCAUCCAAA